GAAGAAGCUCUAGACGUCAGUUGAACAUGGCGUUGAGCUGGAGAGCUGUCAUCAGUCUACAGAGGAAAACAACGGCUGCCACGGACACGGCGUUUAUCUGAAAGUCAGCGACGGAUUACUUGUGACUGCCGAAGCUUACCUGAGCACAACUGUCUGCGUUUCAUCCUUUCCUGCCACUUCUGGGACUCAACGUACACCGAAGAAAAGGGGGCUGCAGUGCAGAGUUGACAGCUAACGUUACAGGCUUAGCUAGCUAACGUUUACCUGGACAAUUUGACCACAAAAUGUGUCCACCUCUUUAGCUAUCUAAGGUCAACGUAAGCGGUGGACGCUAGCUAUCGAUCCUGUCAAGAGCGCAGCUAUUUGGGUUAACUCCUCGUGCACUUAGAGCUAUUAGCUAGUCGAUAAUAACGCAACAUGAACUGUUGAUCCUUAUUUGCUUGUUACCACUAAGGUCCAGACAGCUCAGCUAAUACUGUCAGCAUAACCUUAACUAACCUGAGUACCAUAUGCUAAGUUUAUUUUGUUUUUAUACUCAGCUUGUAAAGCGUUAGCCAAAAAAGCGUAAAGAAAAUGUCAGAUAACCAGAGCUGGAACUCCUCCGGUUCCGAGGAAGAUAUAGAGCCUAAAGAGGAGUCUGGACAUCUUGUUGGUAUCGUCGACUUGAGCGGAGUCCUCAGCAAGUGGACAAAUUACAUCCAUGGAUGGCAGGACCGUUGGGUGGUCCUGAAAAACAACACACUGAGCUACUACAAGUCUCAGGAUGAGACGGAGUAUGGCUGUCGGGGUUCCCUCUGCCUUAGCAAAGCUGUUAUUACUCCUCAUGAGUUUGAUGAGUGCCGGCUGGACAUCAGUGUAAACGACAGUGUGUGGUACCUAAGAGCACAAGACCCAGAGCACAGACACCAGUGGAUCGACUCCAUUGAGCUGCACAGGGUAUGUCAUUCGCACUCUAACACAGGUGACAAUAAACUGCUGGUAUCAAGAGCACAAGACCCAGAGCACAGACACCAGUGGACUGACUCCAUUGAGCUGCACAGGAGUGUCAGAGAGGGAAGGAGAGAGAAGGGAGGAUUCCAGGGAACAAUAAUCAUCCCUCCACCACUGGCCGAUUCUGGAUAUGGCUCAGAGUCCAGUCUGCGGAGACAUGGCUCCAUGCUGUCUCUCGCAUCAGCCACCAGCGGCUACUCUGCCACUUCCACAUCCUCCUUCAAGAAGGGUCACAGCCUGAGAGAGAAGCUGGCAGAGAUGGAGACCUUCAGAGAUAUCUUGUGCAGGCAGGUGGACACGCUCCAGAAAUACUUUGAUGGCUGUGCAGACGCCGUGUCUAAGGAUGAGCUGCAGAGGGAUAAAAUCGUGGAGGAUGAUGAAGAUGACUUCCCCAACACCCGGACAGAUGGAGAGUUUCUGCACAACAACAAUGGCAGCAAAGAAAAACUGUUCCUGUCCUUGAGUCCCAAGGGAAUCAAUGGCAUAGACUUUAAGGGUGAGGCCAUCACAUUCAAGGCCACCACAGCUGGGAUCUUGGCCACUCUGUCCCACUGUAUCGACCUCAUGGUGAAGAGAGAAGACAGCUGGCAAAAGAGAGUGGAUAAGGAGAUGGAGAAGAGGCGAAGAAUAGAAGAAGGCUAUAAAUCAGCGCUCAAUGAGUUGAAGAAAAAGUCUCACUUUGGGGGUCCAGAUUAUGAGGAGGGUCCAAACAGCCUCAUUAAUGAGGAUGAAUUUUUCGAUGCAGUUGAGGCUGCUCUCGACAGACAGGACAAAAUAGAAGAACAGUCUCAAACUGAGAAGACAAGAAUACAGAGAUCCAGCCCAGUCCCCCCUGGAGACGUCUAUUCCAGCGCUGGCACACACAGAUUCUCUGACAAGGUGGAGGAGAUGGUGCAUAGUCACAUGACCUACUCCCUGCAGGAUGUUGGUGGAGACGCCAACUGGCAGCUGGUUAUAGAAGAGGGAGAAAUGAAGGUGUACAGGAGAGAGGUGGAAGAAAAUGGGAUUGUUUUGGACCCGCUGAAGGCCACCCAUUCGGUAAAGGGGGUGACUGGUCACGAGGUCUGCCACUACUUUUGGGACACUGCGUACCGCAACGACUGGGAGACCACCAUUGAAAACUUCAGCGUUGUGGAGACAUUGUCAGACAAUGCAACGAUUGUUUAUCAAACGCAUAAGCGGGUGUGGCCUGCCUCUCAGAGGGACGUGUUGUACCUGUCUGCCAUGAGAAAGAUCUUGACCAACAAUGAGAAUGACCCAGACACCUGGCUGGUCUGCAAUUUCUCUGUGGAUCAUGACGAUGCACAGGUGAGUGAUCCAGUCCAUUCAGAUGCAUUCAUUGAGAUUCUGAAUGAUAAACAUGCUGCUGUUUUUCUUAAUUCUCCGUCCUGUCGUCCCACACAGCCAACCAGCAAGUGUGUCCGUGCCAAAAUCAACAUUGGCAUGAUCUGUCAGACCCUGGUCAGCCCACCAGAGGGAGAUAAAGAGAUCAGCAGAGACAACAUCCUGUGUAAAAUCACCUACGUCGCCAAUGUGAAUCCAGGAGGCUGGGCUCCCGCCUCCGUGCUCAGGGCCGUGGCUAAGAGGGAGUACCCCAAGUUCCUCAAGCGCUUCACCUCCUACGUCCAGGAAAAAACUGCUGGCAAACCCAUUUUAUUCUGAGGCUCACAGUGUUGAGACAUGAGGACAGAACUGCAUGUGAGGUUUCGAGGAUCUACCAUCUGCUGGUCUGCUGCCGUGACGAGAUUCAAAAUGAUCUUCUCCCUCCCAGUUUUAAGUUACAUGUUAGUUCCAGUAAGGGAGGAAGGGUCAUAAUGCUACCUUCCCUCCCCAUGAAAGCUCUUGCAGCAGCUCCUAAUGCCACAGUUGAUGCCAUCAUUCAUGCUCGUGUAGAAGACUGACUUGUAAGAGUAGCCAACUUGUCAGGUCGCGUCUCUUUUCUUACAGAUAUAUUAAUAUAUAAAUGUAUGUAUGUUCUAUAAGAGGUUUGUAAAGAGAAACAAACAGAUCUUUGCUAAUAGACUGAAAUAUUUUAUUCUUGCCAUUUAUAGUUCCUUUUGCUAGUAAAACAUCAUUGAUUGACUUGAGAUGAAUAUCAUCUUAUUUUUAUUAAGUCCAGAGGGCUGUCAUCAACUCAUGACCCCUAUGAUAUAAGACUUGACCUUUCUGACUCUGUCCCUCUCGUGAAAACACCCCUCGUUGGUGCUGAUGGGGGGACAAGUCGAGAGGAGUGUGUCAUAUUUAGUGUACAAAAUAGAGUUCAUGUACAUUAUUUGCUUGGCUUUAUAUUUGUGUCAUUGUACAAUGUUGUAGUGGCAUAGCACAUAUUUUGAAUGUUUGGAUUGUAAAUAGUGUCACUAAAAUUUCUCUGACAGUCUGAAAAUAGUUUUUGUGACUACAUUCGAGCCCAAAUGCCUUAGUGUUACAGGAAAAUAUAGUUUCAGAUGGGAUAACGGGUGCUCUUAGUGCACCUAUGAAAUCACUAGUGAAGUGCCUCAUGGCUAAAGUCCCCUUAUUAUUGUCUUUUCUCCUUUAGGAGUCAAUUUAAAAUUUGUCCUGCAAUAUAUUUGCUGAAUGAAUGAACCAGGCCUCCCACAGAGGGCUAGCAGGACAUUUUUUUCACAGGUUCUAGUAUAAUGAAGACUUAAGAUUCAUUUCAGUUUAAUUUCAGUAUAAGCAUUGACACUUCAACCUUUCUGUCAGUGUACCUGGUAUUUGUUACAUGUGCUGAGUGCUGCCAGUUAGUGCUGAAACCAUCCUGUUAAUAUAGUCAAGUUAGUCUCUGUAUCAUGUAUUUUCUGUCUAAAAAUGUGGCUAAUACAAGUGCAGGGCUGCAAAGUCCAGCGUUUAGUAAGGAUCUACUCUGUACUAAGUACUUGAGUUGAUUUUUAUAAGAAUGAUGUACUUGCAAUUCCACAUUAGAUGUUUCAUUUGCUCACCCUUAUACAUUUCCUAAAACCAUAACCCUGGACUUUGCAGUUUAACAGUUGACGCAGGCUAAAAUAGAACCAUCGCAAAUUCCUUUUAAAGAGUAAAGAAGCAUACACAAUUUAGUUUAAGAACUGAUUACAUUUUUAGUACUAUUUCCUCCUGUGGACUACACAAAAUGUUGGGGGGCUCAUAGCAAUGAUAGAUUUGUAGCUAUUUUAUCAGUCUCCACUCUUAAGCUUUUGAUUUUAGAGCUUAUAGCAGAAUGAUGUGGGUAAGAGUGAAGACAGAUGAUACUCAGCCUCUCAGCUAAGUGGAAAGAAGCUGGGCUGAAGCUCUCACCUAAAGCAGACAUUUCUAAAACAAGUUUAGUUAUUAGCAAGUUGUUAAAACUGAAUGUAAUUAGAAAUACAUUUUUUGUAAAUAAUUUGUUCAUACUAAUGCUGUGGGAUCAACUUACAAAUGUACUGUGACAGCGUCGCACUUCUUUUGCCCUGUUUUAAAAGUGAAAUAAAUAAGUUUAUCCUCCA